UCGUUGGUGUUCGUUGAAAUCGUGUCUCGGCCGGAGAUGGUUGUGCGUGCAGCGUGUCGCGUUGUUUGUGAAUGUGAUUGAUGUGAGGGAAACCCGUACGAGCGAGCCACAGUGUGUGAGACCGUGCGUCGUCCAGCGUCCGUCGAGUGGCGGUAGGUUGUAGGUGUUUUUUUUGCACUAGAUUUACAUGCUCCGAUCUCGAACGGUGCACAGGUCGGGCGAUCCUCUUGAGAAAGGGAAGCUGCGAACAUAAUGAUAAUGGCAAUAAUCGUAGUAGGCAUUGAUUGAACGAGCGUUGCGUUAGACGGCGUGCGCGAGAGCAAUUUGGUGGUUGGCCCGUCUUCCAGUCCCAGAGCCUGAGCAGGGCCCCGUGUCGUGUCGUGUUGUGUUCGUUCCGUACGUGUGCCGUACGGGAGACAGCCAGAGUGUGUUGUGUGUUUGUGAGGCAGUGUGUGCACCGUGUUCGUGUGAGUGUUGAGCUGCGCGUAAUUCUUGUCGAUCGCGCGCGCGGCUGUUACGUCAGCAAAAAUUAACGUGUGCGUGUAUGUGUGUCUCGGUUUGUGCGCUCUCGAGUGUCUGUGCAAUAUUGUUUUUGUGAAGUGUUUGUUGCUUUUAUUCUUCAGUUUUUGAUCAAUUGUCAUUAUUGUCAAACUCAGCCCGUGAAGCUGUACAUGUGUGUGUGUGUGUGUGUGUGUGUGACGUGUUAUGGUGCAUUCACGACCGAUUACUGUUCUUUACUGCCUGUGUCUAUUGGUGUGCGUUCAAGUUUGGGAAAAGUGCAACGGUCGGUUAAAGUUGUAUGACAAACAACGGAAAUGUCUGUACAUCGUGCUAGUGUCGGGGGAUAGUUCGGGGUCUUUGUUUUUUGGAUCGAAAUAAGUAAAAAAAAAAACAUCCCCAGAGUGUUUAUUCGUGCGUGCAAUUUUAAAGUGUUUACUGCAAGUGCGAUUUAACAAAAAGAAGAGAAAAAUCUUUAAAACGAAGAAGUUCUUGUUGCUGCACCAAGCGUGUGAUGCUCGAUUUAGUGUUGUGAAGUGUACGAGCAAGAAGAGCAAGAAGCGUUGGUGAAAAAUAUUAGAAAAAAGCAGCAGAAAAGCAAAACGAAAACCGGCAUAAUAUUCCACCAAGCAGCCAAGUGGCCGUGUCUCUUCGCGCGCAUUUCUUGGCGAUUCCGCAGGUUGUGUUCUUCCUUCUUCAAGAAAACGUCGUGUGUGUGCAGUGAUGGAGAUAAGUUGAGUUUACAGUUAAAACCGCUAGAAGAGAAAAAAAGAAAGGAAAAAAGUGAAACACAUUCCAGUGGAUCUCAAUUUUGCUUUUGCUUCAACUUUCGGCCCGAUCGCGCGAUCGUUCAGAUACAAAAUCACUCCCCGCCACGUGUUUCGGCCAAAGGAAAAUUCAGCAUAUUAGUGUACGGUGAAGGAAAACCUCUUCGGUCGGUUCCUGUUUCACCCCGCGUACUUUUCUCCUUUGUACUACUCCAACCCUCCCAUCAACGAACGUUUUUUUGCGGCACACCACAGGACGACGAUUUCACGUUCAAGGCGAAGCGCGCAACUAUUCUAAGUUCGGCCUUCGAACACAUGCCGGUGUUCGAAAUCGGUUGGAGUCGCGCUGAUCGGCCCCAUUCGAGGGGGCCAUGACGCGUUGGCCCGUCCUACUGCUUGCACUGCUCUCGGUGGCGUUCGGUCAUGUCCCGUCGGUGGCGGCCCUGAUUCCCGGCCCGAAUGGUGGCGGCACCGGUAUCGGUCACACGCCGGUCGGUGGUUCCGCCGGUCCCGGGAGCCCGAGCGCGGCCGAAGCGUCUGCAUCCUCGGCCCUACCACUCUAUCAUGACCCGUAUCAACCUCAGUCGCUGCUGCUUCAGCAUCACUUCAAUCAACUAGCAUCAUCGUCCACUCCACAGCAGCAGCAACAACAGCAACAACAGCAACAACAGCAACAGCAGCCAAACCACUCGUCCGGUUCGUACAUAACGAAGAUGCCGGAAAACUCGCCGCACCAGAAGUUCCGCAACAAUCGGACGGUGCUGACGCUCGGCUAUCUGACCGCGGUCAAGGGUGAUCUGAUCGAGAAGCAGGGCCUCACCAUCUCGGGCGCCCUCACGAUGGCCCUGGACGAGAUCAACAACGAUCCGGAGCUGCUGCCGAACGUGACGCUUGCCCUGCGGUGGAAUGAUACGCGCGGUGACACGGUCGUCGCCACACGUGUCAUCACCGAGAUGAUAUGUGACGGUGUGGCCGCGUUCUUCGGUCCGGAGGGUACCUGCCAGACCGAGGCGAUCGUUUCGCAGAGUCGCGAUAUACCAAUGAUCUCGUAUAGAUGUUCCGAGCUGCAGCGUAGCUCCAAAAUUCCUACCUUCGCCCGAACCGAGCCACCCGAUACUCAGGUUACCAAAUCCAUCAUUUCCCUGCUGACCUACUACGGCUGGCGCAAGUUCUCCAUCAUCCACGAGCAGCUGUGGAAGAAUGUGGCGACCUCGCUCGAGGCGCAGGCCACCCGCAACAACCUGUCCGUCAACCACGUCGAGAUGGUGUUCGACAACUACAAGUGCUGCCAGGACGAUAUGGACUGCUGCCGUAGUGGAUAUUGGUACACGGUCAUACAGAAAACGAUGAACCGGACGCGAAUCUAUGUGUUUCUCGGCAACAGCAAUCAGCUCGUUGACAUGAUGGCCACCAUGGACGGUAUGCAGCUCUUUGCCAAGGGCGAAUAUCUCGUAAUAUCCGCCGACAUGAUGACUUAUUCGCCGAAAUUGUCGAACAAGUACCUGUGGCGGGUGGAAAAGCCACCGAACGUGCGUACCUGCCAGGAUUUGCCGGGUGACUUUGAGCGACGGAGCCGCAGCUUGCUGGUAGUGGUCGCCUCCGAACCGUUGCCAACGUUUGUCAAUUUCACGCACAAAGUGCGCGAGUACACGCAGAAGGAACCGUUCUUCUUUAAGCAACCGUCGCUGUUUCAUCAGUUUGUGAAGUACGUGUCGAUCUAUGCCGCCUAUCUGUACGAUUCGGUGAAGCUGUACGCGUGGGCCCUGGACAAGCUGCUGAAGGAGGAACAGCUGCACCGGCCGUUGACGAGCGACGUGAUACGGGAGGUGGCCAGCAACGGUACCAAGAUCAUUGCCACCAUCAUCAACAACCGAACGUACCACAGCGUUGCUGGGGCGACAAUUAAAAUCGAUGACUAUGGCGAUUCGGAGGGCAACUUUUCGGUGCUGGCACUCAAGCGGGAGAACUAUUCGGAGGCGAACUUUUCCUGCGAGUUCCAGAUGCGUCCGGUGGCACACUUUCAGAUGCGACAGCCGCAACACCUCAACGACACGAACCAGCAUCGAAACGAUGAAAUUCCAGAGUUUAAACUGUCCAAGGUUGGCAAUGCGAUCGACUGGCCCGGUUCGGACCGGCCGAUGGACGAACCGUCCUGCGGUUUCAUGAACGAGCACUGCAUGAAGGAUGACACCCAUAUCAUGUCGAUGGUGGUGGCGGGCGUGCUCGCCCUCAUACUGUUCUGUGCCGGCGUCAUCACGAUGAGCAUCUAUCGCAAAUGGAAAAUCGAGCUCGAAAUCGAGGGUCUGCUGUGGAAGAUCGAUCCGGGUGACAUCAAGGGCUACUUCAACACGGAAAUUGUGUCCUCGCCGAGCAAGCUCAGCCUGGCCAGUGCCCAGUCGUUUGGGUCGCGGUGCUCGAACCAGGUGUUCACGCCGACCGCCCGCUUCCGGAGCGUGGUGGUGCGCAUCAAGGAGCUAAAGUUUUCCCGCCGCAAGGACAUCUCGCGCGAAAUCAUGAAGGAGAUGCGGCUGCUGCGCGACCUGCGGCACGAUAACAUCAAUAGCUUCAUCGGGGCUUGCGUGGAGCCGAUGCGGAUAUUACUAGUCACUGAUUAUUGUGCCAAGGGAAGCCUGUACGAUAUCAUCGAGAACGAGGAUAUCAAGCUAGAUGAUUUAUUUAUUGCAUCACUGGUGCAUGAUUUAAUUAAGGCAAUGAUCUACAUUCACAGUUCAGCUUUAAACUAUCACGGUAACUUGAAAUCGUCGAACUGCGUCGUGACGUCGCGCUGGAUGCUACAGGUGACGGACUUUGGGCUGCACGAUCUUCGCCACUGUGCCGAAAAUGAGUCGAUCGGCGAACAUCAGCACUACCGAAACCUUUUCUGGAAGUCACCGGAGCUGUUGCGGCAACCGAACGUGUACGGCAGCCAGAAGGGGGACGUGUACGCGUUCGCGAUCAUCCUGUUCGAAAUCAUUGGCCGCCGGGGCCCGUUCGGGUAUACCGAACUCGAGCCGAAGGAGAUUAUCGACCGGGUGAAAGCGCUGCCCGAACCGGGCAAGGAACCGUUCCGGCCCGACAUCGAGAGCGUCAUCGAAAACGAGAACGUGUCCGACUAUGUGAUCAACUGCAUACGCGACUGCUGGGACGAAAAUGCCGAACUGCGGCCCGAUUUUCCCAACAUUCGAAAUCGACUGAAGCGUAUGCGUGGCGGCAAGUCAAAGAACAUCAUGGACCAGAUGAUGGAGAUGAUGGAAAAGUACGCCAACAAUCUGGAGGAGAUCGUGCAGGAUCGGACCCGGUUGCUGUGCGAGGAGAAGCGCAAGACGGAGGAUCUGCUGCACCGCAUGCUGCCCCAACCGGUGGCAGAGAAACUGACCAAAGGGCUCGGCGUCGAGCCAGUAUCGUACGAUUCGGUGACGAUCUACUUCAGUGACAUUGUUGGUUUUACAGCGAUGUCCGCCGAAAGCACACCGCUGCAGGUGGUCAACUUCCUGAACGAUCUGUACACGGUGUUCGACCGCAUCAUCAAGGGUUACGACGUGUACAAGGUGGAAACGAUCGGUGACGCGUACAUGGUGGUAUCCGGGUUACCGAUAACGAACGGCAACCGACACGUCGGUGAGAUCGCUUCGAUGGCGCUGGAACUGCUGCAAGCCGUCCGCAGCCACCGGAUUGCACACCGACCAAACGAAACGCUAAAGCUACGCAUCGGCAUACAUACCGGACCGGUGGUGGCGGGUGUCGUCGGUCUUACCAUGCCGCGGUACUGUCUGUUCGGCGAUACCGUCAAUACGGCGUCCCGGAUGGAGUCGAACGGUGAAGCGCUGAAGAUACACAUCUCCCAGCAGUGUAAGGAUGCGCUCGACACGCUCGGCGGUUACGUGAUCGUCGAGCGUGGGUUGAUCGCGAUGAAGGGCAAGGGUGAGGUGAUGACGUACUGGCUGGAGGCGGCCACCGAGCAAGCCAUCCAGAAGAUACCGGUCGAUGUGCGGGAUCUGCCACCGCCCCUGUUCUGCCGACCGAGGCGCAGCCCAAAGAUGACGUUCGAUUCGAGGCAUCCGAGCAUUAUUGGGCUGCCGGGCGGUGGGAUGAUGGGCGGGAUGGGCAGUUACAUGCCGGGCAGCAGGCGGCAAUCGUGCGCUCAUCGGGUCGGUGGCGGUGCCGACCAUGAAAGCAGCUACAGUUUGCAGGGCUCGAUGUUUGGACCGAUGGUACCGAUGAGGGCCGAUUCACCGCCUCGCCGGUAUCCGUUCGAUCCGGCAUCGGCAGGUCGGGAAGGUUCGAUGGCGCUGGAUGACGGUGAUGACUAUUCGCAGUGUACGCUGGACCAGCGAACGGUACCGGUGUCGGCCACCACGGGUACGCUUGGUAGUAAAAUGGCUUCGAGCGAUAAUCUGAAGCGUGCCCUGUUCGGAGCCAGUCCCGCUAGACGGUUGAGCCACAAGCUGCGCUCGAUUACGUCGGCCGACGAUUACAAGCAGCUGUGCAGCAAUCGGUCCGCCAACGGGGGAAGAUCGCCCGAUGCGGCACUGUUGCGCGAAAGCCGUUCACUCGAUCCGUUCCCCGUCACGAUCGAACCGAAGCGCAAGCGGUUGGACGCACUGGCCAAACGUGUGCCACGGUUGGCGAAAACGAUUGCCGCACCCUCGCGUACCGGAUCGCAAACGUUCGCAGCACCGACGGUUGUUUCGACGAUCAGCCAUGAAUCGAUUGCCGAUGGUAGCAGUGCCGUACGGCGACAGCAGCACGACGAUCCGCAGCAGCAACAGCCACGUCAGCUGACCGCGCUCACCACGAAGGCACCGAACAACAGUCACAACAGCGACCAGCAAUCGUACCACAAGUAUCUGCACAACAACAACUGCAACGGUUCGAUCGGGAAUGGGGCGGGUCAGGAGGAGCAGGCCGCCACCUGUCCGCUGCUUACCCGCCAAACGUCCCUUACCACGCCGCAGGACCACCACGACUGUCCGGGGCUGUACACGAACAACAGCAGCAGCAAACGGUGGUACUCGCUCGAGCACGUUGGCGUACCGGAUGAGGAUGCGUGCAGCAAAAAGUCCCUAACGCGCAGCUCGAUCAAAUCGUGGCUGGUCGGGUUCAUACACGGCAAUGGGUUUAAGUCGAGCGACAGCUCGUUGCGGAAGGUGGGCGUACUGCCGGUCGGGGUCGGUGGCGUUACCGGGUUCGGUGAGCUGCAACCGACACCGGAAAAGGAAAGCAUGGUUUAGAGAGCACCACCCCCGAAGCGCGAGCAGGAAGGUGCAGCCUGUUUUUUUAACUGUUUUGUUUUGUUUCUCCUUAUUUGUUCCCCCCACCCCCCUCCCAAAACUACCCUGAUGGGGACCUGAUGGGUUGUAGUAAUGAUAUGUUUUAGCCUGAUUCGUAAUCUGAGUGCCAUGUGAUUUGUAACGGGGAUCGGGGGACGUGUAUGCGUGAGUAAUUGAACGAGCGAGUAUGGUGGUGCGUGUGGUGUCCUCCUGUCGGGGGAAAACGCUUUUAUUUUCCAGGUUUUUCUUUACAAUAAUUUUAAAUCGUAUGAAUUAAAUGUGACUUUCAAUACGCGCUUGGCGUGUUCCGUUCACAGAGCAAAAAAAAUCGAUUUCAAUUGCCUGCAAGAGGCGUGCACCAGUUGAAGCGUUGAAGUCAUCCAAUCAGGGCUAGAUAAUGAAAAAGAAGAGCGAAAAAUACACACACACACACAUUUCAAACAUGCAAAACAGCAAAACAAAAUGGAAAACAAAUGGAUUUCACUUUUCUUUUUAAGGUAAAACAAGAGGUGAAGAAAGAGAAAGAGAAAGGUGUAAGAGAGGGAGAAAGGGAAACCCUAAAGCUAACAGCUUAGAAGAAAAUGAGAGUAAGAAAGAGAGAGAGAGAGAGAAAGAGAGCGAUCGAGAAGUAAAAAACAACUAGGCUGUGAAAAUAGAAGUUAAUCAAUUAAAAGUGUGCGUGCGUGCGUGCGUGUGUGUGCGAUCAUCUGUGUGUGCGUGCUUGUGUGUGUGUGAAUUGUCCUUUUUCUUUCGUACGUGUUCUCGUGUCGCUUUAUCGGUGUCCUCUGUGUAUGUUUGUCCGCGAGUGUGUGCGUGCGUGAUCGAUGAUAUGUCUCUGUGCGUGUGCGUGUGUGUGUGUAUUGUAUUUGUUCGCACAAAAUCGUGUAUCUGAAUGUCGUUGCGCUUUAGUUAAUGAUGUUUUGUGCAUAAUGUACUUUAAACGAUCUAUGUAAAAGAGGAGAGGUCACUCGCGUACAUACGUACCCAUGCGCGCGCGCUCACACGCACACACAGAUGUAGCUUUGGAGAAUGCGAAGAGUGGAAGGUUCUUCAAAGGGAAAGCAGGCACACACACACACACACUCACACUUUGCAACAAAAUGAGCGCAACGUUGUAGGUACAGGGUGCAUCCAGGCUCCACUGUGUGUACUAGUUCUCGUAGUGGUGUAAGUGUAACUGUAUAGAAAGCAAAGCAAUGCCUUUGUUUCAGUGUGGUAAAUGCUUACUAUAUUGGGUGAAUGCCGUUGCACCGCGCCGGCAUUAUAGUUACCGUCACUAGUAAUUGAAUUUAAUGUGUUUUCUUCGUCGUUUCAUUUUUUUUUUCUGUUCUCAUCUUAAUAAAUCGUACAACGAAACAAAAAAA